ACACGACCGACCGGGAACUGGAGUCCGGCCCGAGAAGAGCGAGUCUUUGCCUUUGCUCUGGCUUUGCCGCCGGUUUUACCUCUUCCACUCAUUUUGGGAUAUUCUUUCUUGAGUUAAAGCUCAGAGAAAUGAUGCUCGAUACUCGGCUACAACCGGCUUUAUAAGCCCACUGAGCGCGCGGGGUCGAUCCGCUGGACCAAUCAGAAAAGAGGCCUCUAGUGGGGCAGCAGAGGGCGGACCACUUCAAGAUUUGGCGGACAGUUUGAAAAAAAAAUUCUCCAAUUAGCAGCGGAGAUUGAGGCAGGGGCUCGUGCUGCAUUCAUGUGAUGUCGGUAACAUCAAAAACAAGUUUCCGAGUUGUAAAAUGCGCAUGAACACCUGCUCGAGUUGGAACAACAACUCGAAAAAUAAUUAGGUGCCCGACUUGAUGACAGAGUCGUCAUCACCUGGGGGCAAAAUAUGUUUUGUUAAUGUUGUUAAUGGUAACAUACUUUUUAUUAAUUCAUGUAGGCCUAUUGCACAUACAAGGUUUGCUCAAAUGUAACUUUUAACAGUUACAUUUCACUGAUCUUCUUGAAUCAACGCUGUUUUGUGCUGUUGUUACAAUAUUUAGACUUUUCGUACUGAAAUAACGACUUCUAGAGUCGGAAAUUUGACCACCCGAGCAGCACUUGAAUGCAGCAUCGCUCCCCCCGGCUGGGCUGAGCUGGAGGAGCAGUCCGUGACCAAUCAGAGGCCAGAGCUCUGAAGCAGCGUCACAGUUUCCACAUCCGCUCCUCCGCUUUAAGAGCAGCUCGUCUCCGCUGCUUUCAAUACACUUUUUCUCCUAUUCAGAGAAAGAAGAGAAGAUGGCAAGAACCAAGCAGACCGCUCGUAAGUCCACCGGAGGCAAAGCCCCCAGGAAGCAGCUGGCCACCAAGGCUGCCCGUAAGAGCGCCCCGGCCACCGGCGGCGUGAAGAAACCUCAUCGUUACAGGCCCGGUACCGUGGCUCUCAGAGAGAUCCGUCGCUACCAGAAAUCCACCGAGCUGCUCAUCCGCAAGCUGCCCUUCCAGCGUCUGGUCCGUGAGAUCGCUCAGGAUUUCAAGACCGACCUGCGUUUCCAGAGCUCCGCCGUCAUGGCUCUGCAGGAGGCCAGCGAGGCUUACCUGGUCGGUCUCUUCGAGGACACCAAUCUGUGCGCCAUUCACGCCAAGAGGGUCACCAUCAUGCCCAAAGACAUCCAGCUGGCCAGAAGGAUCCGCGGAGAGAGAGCUUAAAAUAUCUGCUCCUUCAACAACAUCCACAACGGCUCUUUUAAGAGCCACCUACCUCACACUAAAGACAUUCAUCCUACACAGACACUUAAUGAGUAUAUGUACACAAAUGUGAUUAACCAUAUCUUAAUUACAAUUGUUAUAUUUCUAUUCAUUUAGUGCUAGACAUACUAGAAAAACAACCUGAAUGAACAAACAACACAAACAAUAAACUGU